AUGAGCACCGACAAGGUCGAGUACGAGGACAAGGACGCGGGCGGCGCAGAGGUCCGCCUCGCGUCGCCUUCGCCUGCUGCCGACGCAGCGGUACACGGCGAGGACAUGGACCUGAGCCGCGGGCUCAAGAGCCGACACUUGACCAUGAUCAGUAUUGGCGGCGUGCUCGGCACCGGCCUGUUUUUAUACACUGGCGCGGCGCUGCAGGAGGGCGGGCCGCUCGGCAUCCUCCUCGCGUUCAGCAUCAUGGGCAGCGUGACGUACGCCGUGAUGAUCUCGCUCGGCGAGAUGGUGAGCGCGUCCCCUUUGCCGGGCGGAGCCAUCUCCCUGGCCGCGCGCUUCGUCGACGAGUCGCUCUCCUUCACGCUGGGCUGGUUCUACUGGUACACGUGGACCAUCUUCCUGCCCUCGGAACUCUCCGCCAUCGCGGUCCUCAUAAACCUGUGGAACACGAGCGUGAACAACGCCGUGUGGAUCAGCAUCUUCCUCGUCGCCGCGGUGGGCAUCAACAUGAUGGGCUCGGCAUGGUACGGCGAGACCGAGUUCUGGCUGUCGUACGUCAAGAUUUUUCUGAUUGUCGGGCUCAUCAUCGUCGACAUCGUCAUCUCCGCUGGCGGCGUCAAGGGUGCCCCAGCAAUCGGGUUCAAGUACUGGCGUAACCCCGGGCCGUUCGUGCAGGCGCCGGGGGUCGACGGCGCGCUCGGCCGCUUCCUCGGCUUCUGGUCGACGCUCACGCGCGCCGCCUUCUCGUACAUCGGCUCGGAGAUCGUCGCUAUCGCCGCGGGCGAGACGCAGAACCCGCGCAAGAACGUCCCGAGGGCAAUCCGCAACGUCUACAUUCGUAUCCUGCUGUUCUACAUCCUGGGCGUGUUCGUCAUCGGCAUCACUGUGCCGAGCGACGACCCGCGCUUGGGCUUGAACAGCGGCACGGCGCUCGCGUCCCCGUUCGUCAUCGCCAUCCAGACGGCGGGAAUCAAGGUGCUCCCCACGAUUGUCAACGCCGCGUUGCUCGCGUCUGGGUUGUCGGCCGCCAACUCGGAGCUGUUUACGUCGAGCCGCGCGCUCCACGGCCUCGCGGUCAACGGGCACGCGCCCAAGAUCUUCGGCCACACGAGCCGCCGCGGCGUGCCGUACGUCGCGAUUUUGAGCUGUGCGCUGUUCGGCGCGCUCGCGUACAUGAGCAUUAAGAGCAGUGCGGGGACGGCCUUUGGCUACCUUGCCACGCUGGGCUCGGCCGGUGGUUUGCUGAUGUGGUGGGGGGUAUGCAUUACCCACAUCCGCUUCGAGAAGGGCCUGCGCCUACAGCGCGUCCCGCGCGCCGACCUGCCGUACACCAACGUGCUGACACGGCGCGCCGCCGCGGCAAAGUACGCCGCGGUGCUGAUCUCCAUCAUCCUGUUCUUCUCCGGCUACAACGUCUUCCUCAAAGGCGCAUGGGACACGCCGACGUUCAUCACGACCUACCUCCCCAUCAUGCUCUUCCCCGUCGUGUAUGGCGGGCACAAGCUCUGGACGCGGUGCAAGGUCGUGCCGUACGAGGACAUGGUGUUCAACGUGUACGAGGACGUGCGGGAGGAGAAGGACGAGGCGGGGCGGAGUCUCUGGCGCAAGGUGUUUGACGCGGUUGUGUAG